AUGCACGGCACGGAUGAUAGCGACCUGUGCGCAGACGGAUUCGACGACGUGCUCACAUUCUUUUCUGGAAUCAGCAGCACAACUAGUGAUGGCAGCAACCAUCGGUCGGUGCACUGGCCACAGGACAAGGCUAUAUCUGCUGCCACUAGCCCCUACUUCCAGAAGAAGCGACCAGCUGUGUCUGCUCAGCCUCCGAUGGCAAUCACCCUCAAACGAUCAAAGACCGGAUCACCGCCAUCCGGGGUACCUGCGUGGCCAGGCCAGAUUCCAGUAACUGCGCUGCCAGCCAAGUUUGCGGGCAAGACGCUCCUCAUGGAGAUCGCUGUUGCACGGCUCUUUGGCAGCCAAUCCUCCAAAUCCAUAGACAAGGUCCUAUACCUGGCGCCGUUGCGGGCGCUAUGUAUGGAGAGAUCCAGCGAGUGGACCAAGCGUCUGGUUGGCGGUGGCGACGAUUUCGGAUGA